AGCGAGCGAGCUAUCUUAGUACGGCAAUGGGAAAGGUAGAGGAAGAGGACACUUUGCGAGAAAGGCCACCUCGAUCUGGCACCAAAACAACAACUACUACUAUGAUUACUACUGUUUCAAGUGAUCUUAAUGGUCAGAACAAUGGAGAUGAAACAUCCUCUUUGGAGUCUUACAAUGGAAAUGAAGAAUCAAGUCUCAGUCAAGAAGAAGAAGAAGAAGAAGGACCAGAGGAGCUUCGAAAUAGCAACAAUGCUACUGCAACUGGUAAUGGCGAUAACGGAAUAGGCAAAGAAAAUUACCCCGAAAAAUGCGUUUACUACAACGAAUACGAAGGUAUUAAACUAUCUUCUACCACUUUCUACUUGCAAUUUCGUCGCCGAUUUUUCUCUUUCUUUGUAGUUUUCUUUUCGCCGCCGAUUAUUUUCGUCAUUCUCUACGUAACAUUACUCAUUUCAGUAGUCAUGCUUUGGAGCCGACAAAGUCUUGAGUAA